AUGCGACAUGCAGGGACAGACGAUACUAGAAUUUUCUACACAUACCUUCACUCUUCUUCACCACCUCGCCGAAGCAAACCCAAAAUCCCUCUAGGACAUUUCGUCGAACACCAUGUCUGCAACAAUGAUGGGCUACACCAUUUCCUGAUGUUGUUUAUAAUGUUGGCAUUUUCUGUGCUAUUUGACUCUGUAAAAGCUCCUGGUCUUGGGCUGGGUGCAAGAUACAUAUUCACCAUGGCGAUUGGGCGCCUUCUUCGGGCCAUAACUUUUGUGUCUACAAUUCUGCCAUCAGCUCGGCCUUGGUGUGCAUCAACUCGGUUCAGAGUCCCUGCAUACCCUCAUCGUUGGGCUCAAAAAUAUUAUGUACCUUUUGUUUCUGAUGCCAACGCUAUACGCCAGCUUAUCCAUCUUGAUAGAGCUUUUGAUGAAGUUGCAAAUUUCAUUGAAGAUCCCCGUCCAGAUUGGGGAUCAAUGAACUUCUUAAUUGAUUUCUUGCGACCCAAUGCUUUCGAAGGAUCUUCAUGGUAUCAUCUUCUGAAAAAGGCUGGAGGCGGCUGCAACGACCUCCUAUACAGUGGCCAUAUGCUCGUAGCAGUACUCACAGCUAUGGCAUGGACGGAAGCUUAUGGAGGUUUUAGCUCAGUUCUGAUAUGGCUACUAGUAAUGCACAGUGCCCAGAGAGAAGUACGGGAACGCCACCAUUACAGUGUGGACUGUAUCGUGGCCAUCUACGUGGGCGUUCUCCUUUGGAAGAUGACAGGUUUUAUUUGGCGAACCAAGGACGCAUCGAGGGAUAGGAGGCUAGACAAGCUAGAGAAGAUUCAAAGCAGAUUAAUCCAGGCUGCAAAAGAUUCUGACAUGGAUGAGGUGAGGGAGCUCUUGAAAGAGGUUGAGUUGGGCAGUCAAGAGAUCCACCAUACUAGCACGAGCCGGGCUAUGUGGUUGUUCUCUGGCGCCACCAUUUUCUCCACACUUACCAUUGUUCUUCUGGCUUUUACAUGGACGAGUGAUGGGUGAUUUUUUGCUGUGAUUUUUGGAGGGCUUUUGUGCCACGAUUUAGCACCACGGUUAAGAAGUCUCAACAUUGUAGUUUAAUGUAACUUUUGAGUCUGUCAUCUUUUUCUUUUUUCUUUAUUUCUUUUUCUUUUAGUGUGUUCUUUGUUGUAUUUCCAUUUCCUGCAGAUGAUCUCCAACUCUGCCAUAUAUCUUCCCACGGGUUGAAGCGAAGAAAGACAUUUUGCAUAUUUGUCUAAUUGUUUGUAUUUGUUAGAAAAAAAGAAGAGAAAAAAAAAAUCAUAUUAUGAUGUCAACAACAGGUCACAAUUUGUUGAAAAUUAGGAGGGAUUUAUUUUGCCAUUUGGUUGUCUUGAAAAAUUAAGGAAAUGAUAAUUGUUGUAACUGAGAAUUUUUAUUCA